AUGUAUCCCGGUUGCCCCGACCGUCCAACGUGGCAGCAGGAGACUGCACCUUCGGAGCGCGUGUCACCCCUUUUUCAAGCACAAACCGACUGGUUCUCUUUGCAGGAGGCACCCCCGCAUCAGCACGAACCGUCUCCAUUGAUCCAGCAACAGCCGUCGCCUGGAUGCGGCUGGAUCAAAGAUGCCGGUAGUGGUGCCAACUACAUCACGAACUCUCGCUGCGACGAGCACGAGUACGGUACGUUGCCAAUCACGUCUUCGGAACUCGCGCCCACACCUUUUUGCGCGUGGACGGACGAGUCUCAUCAAGUCCAACCACCACGUGUCCAGACCCAACCGUUCCUCUCGCCGCCAUUGUUUGUGCGACCGGGGGUCGCUCCGGUCAAUGCAGAGGAACUCUACGAGCACGUUCAAGACGGGAAGCCAUCCGUACAGCAAUCUGUCGUACGCCGUCGCAGCAAACCGAUCGCUGUUGGUCGCUGGCACAGCGACGAGCAUCAGUGGUUCCUCAAGGGUCUCGAGAUGUUUCAAGGACCAGCGUGGGGUGAGAUCGCGCGACUCAUUGGCACCCGGACGUCCACGCAAGUGCGCACCCAUGCGCAGAAGUUCUUUACCAAGCUCGCAAGACUCAACCAGACGAUGCCGCACUUUGAACUGCAGAUCCAAAAAGAACGAGCUCGACUUCUGGCUCAAGGGGCCAGCCUCAUCACCCCCACUGCCCAGCAGGCAACCUCGAGGGCUUUGCCACCGGCGACACUGUCGCCAUGCAAGCACUUGGACAGGCACAGUCUACGUCAGACACUCAAGGAAUUCAGAGACGAAGCGUUACCACUGCUCACAGCUGCUAUUGAAGGCCGAGAUCCUCAAGAAGGAACUCACCACUUGAUGCUGCCCCGAGGAGAUGUGGACCCCAGUGCAGGGGGAGGAGAGUAUGCGUCUCCGUCGAGCGAAUCGGCGGUGUCGACAGAGUGGACCCACCACCAAUGGACGUCAUGCGAAGAUGCGAGUCAUUGGCCACUGACGUCCCCCACGUCAACGACAGAGUCGCUUCAAUUGCCAGCAACGCAGCUGAGCAACGACCGACUGCAACACUCACGCGCAAAUAGCGUCGAGUCGGACGUGGACUCGCUGCCGUCCAUGACGAAACUACUGUAUCGCAGCAGUACGACGUCAAGGUGA